AUGCUGGAAUCGGGGACUCAAUUUCCACACUUUUCAUCUUGGACGUCCAAGCAACUUGUGGCAUGGGUGAAAGGUGAGACAAUAUUUUGGAAUAUACAAUGCGUGCCUUCCUAGGUCUUGCCCCGAAAUGCCGCGCCCAAUUAGAUAUUUUAAAGAAGGCAAACGUCGAUGGACGAUGGCUUAUCCACCUAACGGCUUCUGAUCUUACCGAUCUCGGCAUUUUCGAGCCGGUCUUCCUAAGAGUUGUGGAAAACCUGUCCGAACAGUAUGCUACUCUUGAGACCGACACACUCCAGGACAUAAUAUUCCGUCUCCUACGUUCCAUAGCCCUCAUAAGCUCCGUUCUAAGUCGCAUCAAUCGCAUAAACAGACUACCGGAGAACGGGAAGAAAAGCGAUCUGGAUGAUUUGAUCCACACUCUUUCGGCAUUAUCAACAAGGCUGGAGAAAGACACUGCUCUGGCUAUCUCAUGGCUUCAAAGGUCUGUUUCGAUGCUUGUCGUCUGACUCCUAAACGACAUGCCUCCCCUCUAGGAUCCCUUUCUCCUGGAUGUCUUGCGUCAGCACGUUGGAGCCCCUAAUUUCAACGGAUGGGGAAAAACUGAAGGCAAACAUACAUCUGUGCUUGAACUCGUCUCUUGGUGAUUACGUGGAGCCCGCCUUGGAACUAGUAAGGUGGCCAUUCUCGAUCUCAUCGUGCUGUUCAUUCUUCUAGGUUAACCAGUUGCGCGAGCGCCUGGAGAAUUUCAUUCAGAACUGUGACGAUUCCCUGUUGCUAACUCCCUGCUCCAUUGAAAUCGUGACCCUAGGGAAAUUCGAGCCGACGGACUUUGUGAGUUGACGUGCCGAUUUCUUGGAACGGUCUAGGAACACGAUUUUAUGUUGAUGGACCUCAAUCGCCUGACCUAGACUGUUGACUGUGCAUGUAUAUGUUUAGGUGUGCCGAUAUGGCUUUUACUCGAGCGUAUGUGAACAUGCUGAGUGAUGAAGAUACUGAAUAGGCCAUAAGUAGUUCUGAAGUAGCAUCCGCCGUCAUUCUUUAGCCAGCUUUCAGGUAUCUGAUUAUUUAGUCACUUUUCACCUCAGAAGGUAGUGCAGAUCGCGAAACCUACCAUGGCGCGACACAAUUAGUUUGUUCUGCAAGGUCAACGAGAUCAGAAAGCACCCACAAGUGUAUGUGCAUAAGUGGAAGUCAUUCAGUGAAGAACUUGGUGUUGAGUCCCCCGGAAAUUUAUGGAAUCCGUAUGUCGGAAAUCACACAAGAAACGCUAGAUAACCCACCGUGAGAUCAAACCCUCGAAGUUGCGUCGUGCAUCGUUAGAAACAUCGGCUUAAAUGUUUCUGAGCAUUUGACUAUGAAGUAUAGUGGGAGUACGAAAGAAACAUUUUCAUGUUGAUAUAUAUAAAUAUAUAUGAGAUGGUACCGACAAAGACAAGGGAGAUCGGAAUGGCCAUUUCUGGCUUAUUAGCCGUCAUCAGCCAGUCAUACCCAACCCCAAGUGUGGAUCACUUGAGAUUCGAACCCGGGAUCUUUGGUCAUGGAGUUUGACGCUCUACCAUUGAGCCACGGGCCCGUUGCCCUGUCGGUUGUGAUCGGGAAUAUUAAUUAUGACAGUGGGCGCUCGCCGAUCAGGUUACGGAACAUGCUCGUUCCGUUGUGCCUUGGGGCUCAAACUAGAACCCUCGCAGGCAGUCGCACAGCGAAUAGUAGUAGACAUAGAUGAGAUGAUACCGACAAAGACAAGGGAGACCGGAAUGGCCAUUUCUGGCUUAUUAGCCGUCAUAUAUAUAUAUAUAUAUAUAUAUAUAUAUAUAUAGGCAGAAUGCUAUUGCCGACAAAGACAAGGGAGACUGGAAUGGCCAUUUCUGGCUUAUUAGCCGUCGUCAGCCAGCCAUACCCAAGCCCGAAGUGUGGAACACCCGAGCCUCGAACUCGCGACCUGUUGGUUUAGAAGUCAACGCCUCUACUCACCGGGCCACGAGCCCGUUGCCUUGUCGGUUUUCGAUCGGGAAUAUACAAUGUUAGGGGGCGCUCACCGAUCGUUCAUACGGAACUCACUCGUUCCGUUGUGCCUUAUGGGCUCUCUCUCGAGCCCAACCAGCAGCCGCACAGCGGCGCAUGAUAUAUAGGCAGAAUGCUAUUGCCGACAAGGCAACGGGCUCGUGGCCCGGUGAGUAGAGGCGUUGACUUCUAAACCAACAGGUCGCGAGUUCGAGGCUCGGGUGUUCCACACUUCGGGCUUGGGUAUGGCUGGCUGACGACGGCUAAUAAGCCAGAAAUGGCCAUUCCAGUCUCCCUUGUCUUUGUCGGCAAUAGCAUUCUGCCUAUAUAUCAUGCGCCGCUGUGCGGCUGCUGGUUGGGCUCGAGAGAGAGCCCAUAAGGCACAACGGAACGAAUGAGUUCCAUAAGAACGAUCGGUGGGCGUCCCCUACCAUUACAUUUAUAUGUAAGCAUAAGAAUAUUGCCGACAAAGAGAAGGAGGACUGGAAUGGUCAUCAUCGGCUCUUUAGACGUCAUCAGCCAGCCAUACCCAACCCCUGAAAUUCGAGCCCGCGUUCUGUUGGUUAGAGGUCCAGCGCCCUAAGCACUGAGCAACGGGCUCGUUUUAUCGAUUGCGAUCGGGUAUUAACCAUGGUAGAGAGUGCUCACUGACCGCGCUACGGUCCUUCUCGUCACGUUGUCCAUUGGAGUUCAAUAUGGAGACCCCUUUCCAGUCACGUAGCGGCAACCAAUGUGCGAGGUAUGAGAUUACUGACAUCGGCAAGGGAGACAGGGGUGGCCAUUUCUGGUCUAUUAGCCGCGAUCGGUUAGCAAUACCCAUUACCAGGUCUGGAUGAUAUAAAAUUUUCACUUUACUGACGACUUACUACAGGUUCGUACAAUUGAACCACACUCAUUUGUUUAAUUUUUUUGCGGUUUUCUUACAGGGAUUUAGUUUUAUCACAACUGAGACUGGAGUCCACGUCAUUCGUUCAGUAAGACCGGACGUAAGUAUUCUGUCGCAUUAAUUGUUACCGGUCAUAUGUUUUGAGGCCUGCGAGUAUUUGCGACAAAAUUCAGUCCACACGUUUUCUUAUGGUCCUUUUCCUCACCAGCUAGGCCAAGCUCAGUCACAAGACUAAGUUUACGACUGUUUACGACUACGGAAAUUUCAUUUUGUGAGGAAUGAUUGUGAUAUUGGCUCUUGUUAAAAUCUCGAUCAUGACUGAUUAGAUCGGCCCGCCGCCGUAAGUUAUGUAAUGUCCAAUAGAAGCGAACAGGCGAGUUCAAGGAAGCAGUUCAGAAGAAGAUGAGAUCGCUGAAACAAGACAUUUCGGAUUUUCACUCGAACCCAUCACCAGAGACAGUUGAUGAACCCUCACACCAAGUCCACGCAAUACAGAGACGACUGGAUCCGCGAUAUGCUCAAGGUCCGCAUUCACCAUAUCUGUCUAUGCCUAAUCUGAGUGAUCUGGUCGGUUUCAACAGUCAGAAUUGAGUUUGAAUGAGAUCAUGUUUCGGCCAACUUUUCCCUCAGGCUAUGCAAAUUGGUUACUGCGGAGGACAUCGUUGACUGACCUUAUGAUGGUUUGUCGUCGACGGUCGAACGUAUGUAGACGGCUAGUGUCUUCUAGGUACCGGAGUUCUGUCUAGUCUGCACAAAAGCCUUGUCUUGACGGAAAUCCCUCGUGCUUCAAGCGCGGUCAUCUGUCUGAUUCUGCGCAAAGUUCAAAAGUCUCAAGGGAGUUUAGCGCAUAUCGAGCUUUCAGUUUCAUUGUCAUUUUGUCGUUUUGGUAGAAAAUUCGGCCCGGUGUACCAGACACUGUCCUCCACCAUAACGCCCUCCGUAAUCGGACAAAUAUAUGAGAUCUAAACUGAAAGAGAAUGUCUUAGUUUCGGUGGGGGUGACUUUUAACCCCCUCCCCAUUUUCCGGUCGCCUUGCCAUCUGCCUGUGUGCAUGGACUUGCUAAUUUUUAUUUUCGCCAACUGCCGCAGAUGUGGGUUUAACCGUCGAGUCCGCGGCAUCACCAGCUUUUGCGAGGCAUGUCCUGCGAUUGUGCGCCAGACCCUAUGCAACUGUUGUCUAGUUGUCGUAGAAUUGAAGAUCCUUGAGUCCGCCAUCCCCUUUCAGUUGUCCACUAGGGCUACGGCAUCACACUGGGCGUUGAUCAGAAAAGAUGGUCUUGUGGAUAAGCCGCCCAUCACUUCGGGCUGACGAUGGUGGGAUUAGACCGCUCGAGACGGCGACUCUUCAUUAAGUCACCUAUAGUGAUGCUGUUGAUCUACAGGGAGGUUUUUUGUUCCGGGCUUGAUCUGUACACCGAAGCUGCACCCUCUAUCAAACACCUUCCCGCAGCUAGCAGUAUGUAUUGGCCAAGUUUUGCGACCAUGGAGCAGGAUGACUUUGAUCGUAUCCGAAUUCACUCACAUCUCGGUCCCACUUUGUGGCGAGACCACAUAUGUAAAUGGCAGAACUGUGUCCUACAUAAGUCCUGAGGAGGAGGAGGAGGAGGCAGCGCAUCUUCAACUGUGACGCAUCAACCGAAGCUGUUUCUUCGACGAAGGUAAAGCCUUUCAUGACGCCUAUGUCAUCAGUGGGACAGGGGGUAGACCUGCCAAGAGGCAGACGUACAGUAGGUGGGCUAACUCAUGUAAUGUCAACCGAAAUUCCGAAAUGCGUCUUCGUUUCGAAAAGAUUAAUUAAGUAGGGUUGUAUAACUAAUCAGCCUGCAGUGUAAUUCUAUAACGACUCAGUUACCUCAGGAUGCCGGCUUUCGAACGAACUUCCUUCCGGCUGCAUACAAAAACUACACGCUCUUAAAAAUGACUACUAAGUAGCAUGAAUUUUUCUCCUUGAUUUCCGAUGUCCCUAAAAGUUCAAUUAUAUUUCAUGGAAAACAUGCCUAAAAUAUUCAUUCUUUUUCUCAUUCGGUAGAUAAUUACGUCUUCUCCCAAUUUUAUACUCGAAAGAAGGGUAGAAUUUGGUUUUCAAAAACUUUUCCAAUUACCGAAUAAUUUUGAACCCGCUCUAUCGUUACACCUGAAUUCAGGGUUUCCAAACUACAAGCCGUAUAUUUUCCGCGUACGGAAAACCACACAUUUCUCUACGAUAAUAAAGGGGGACCAUAUAGGGUUCGUAAAAUUAAGCAGUGGAUUAGAACCACAUUGCUAAAUGCAGAGACAUGACGUUUUAUGAACGGCCAUUUCACGGUAUUUAAAAGUCUCACAAUUAGAAACCUUUUUAAAAAUCGAAUUAUGUCCCUCCUUCGAGUAUAAAAUUGGAAGAAGGCGCAAUUAUCUACCGAAUGAGCAAAAGAAGGAAUACUUUUAUGCACGUUUUACAUGAAAUAUAAUUGGACUUUUAGGGGCAUCGAAAAUGAAUGAGAAAACUCAUGCUGCAUAAGUAGUCAUUUUUCACAGAAUGUAGUUUUUGUAUGCAGCCGGAAGGAAGUUCGUUCGAAAGUCGGCAUCCUGAGGUAAUUGAAAUAUUAUAGAAUUAUAUUGCAAGCUGACUAGUUUUACAACCCUACGUCAUUGAUCUUUUCGAAACGAAAACGCAUUUCGGAAUUUCGGUUGACAUUUCAUGAGCUAGCCUACCUACUGUAGUUGCACACAUGGUCUGUCAACCGGAUGCAUUUAGUUUCUGCUGUUCCCGGGUGUUUCACAAGGACGCUUCACAAAAAGUCGGUGGCGCCCGCUGAUUUAUCCUGGUUGAAAGACGGAAUGUGGACAUUGCGUGUUACCCAGAGUCUGCAGAGGUGGGCGCAUUGUGAUGGAGAAUCUGUAGCCAGGAAGUAUUAUCAUUAAGGAUGAGAGAGAGAGACCAGAAAGGUCGUCAAUGACAUAUUUUUCAUUAUCAGCCAGCUAUACUCUCAACUGCAGGUCGAGAAGUCUCCUGAAAUUUCGACUGCAGCUCUUUCUCCCUGGCUCACUCAUGACGCCACGAGCUCAUGUUUUGUUGGCUGUAACGGGGAAUACUCAACUCACUUUGGAGCAGCGCUUGCUCAACCAUCUGUCCACAUUGCAAGGCAACAUACGGAGGCUGCGUUUCCCUUUGGAGUCCCGGUCUAGUGCUGACAUGGGCAGACUUAUAACAACGAACCCGUGUUUGCUCUGCGGUUUGGUUGUAGCCGACUAACGACGACAAUUAAUACAAAGGUGGCCAUUCCACUCUCCCCUGUCUUUGGCGAUAAGGCUUCUCGAUGGUUUCAUGAGUUUAGAGCCACUGAUGAACCGCUGAUAAAAUCUCGCCAACGUGCCGAGACUGAGAACGACCCGCAAUCACCCCCCUUUUUUGAACAUUCUUCAGCCAGGACCACCAUAUUCUGUCAACAGGUUCUGGUAGGUAAGAUAUCUGUUACCUUUUUUACUGGAAUUCGAAUGCAAAUGGCGUACAUAUUGACGUAACCGAGCACAGGGAUUGCGAAUAUAUUCAAUUGAUUGUUUACUAACAUUUUAUAAGUAGUCUUUUAUGCGGCGUUGGUCCACAGCUCUCAUUGUCGUGACAGCUUGCCUCCCUGAUCGGUGCACCAGGUCUAACAGACAGCUUUCACCGACAUGCCUUUUAAUCCAGUCGCCUCCAAACAGUUUGUAGAUCUAACCCCAUGUGAAAUCGACUCAUCUCGUUCCACCAUUCUUACCCGGGGUGUGUGUGUGUGUAACAGGCAGUAACUGCUAGAAUCGCAUUUUCUUGACGGAUUGCAAAAUUAACACGCCCACUCAUUUUCACGUAUUUGUCCACCUAAGUUGCGACCGUUGGAGCGAGUGAACACUGGAGCUCUUGCAAGCGACAGCAGGGCAUGCAACUACUCACUUAUGGCACUUGCCUAACCAUUGGCUUCAUUUUGCAGUUAUUUGUUCCCAUUUUAUUUUUGAUGUUGGAAACGUUCUGUGACACUCCUUUUGCAUCUAGUUGAUCACCUUCGGCUCCGGUAGGCUGAACAAGGAUGACGAAAUUGUCGAAGUGAAUGGUCAGGUUGUUGUAAGUUGAAGCCAUAGCUUCCCGUUUACUUUUGACUCCUUUAUGUGUCGUAUGCCUAGAUCUUUGAAGAUUAGAGUUAGAGCUAGGGUUCGGUUAGAGAUAGGGUUUAUGAUUGGGGAUAGGGUUCGGACGCGACAAUUGAUUGCUUUCCUGGCUCCUAUUCCCGUGCCUUUCAGUCUUUAUUCUCAUCGGGUCUCUUCCGAACUAACCUACGUGCGUAGUUCUUUGGAGGACUAUUUUAAGUGAGUGGGGACUGCUACGUUUUUUGUAACUGGUAUAGGGAAUGCGUCUGAGUAGGGGCGAUUGCCUUAGGAUAAGAAAUAAACUUCGGAAAAAAUGACUGGCCAUAGCCCUUAAAGUCUAUAGACUUGCUCAUAUUAUUCAAGUAACGAUUUUGGUUACACUGAAAUAUAACCUCCACCUCCUCCCUCACUCUUAAAAUUGCUGCUUACGUGGUCAAUGUCUACUCGCGUUAUGUAGACGUCUGCAUCGUGUUAUCUACCUCAGAAAUUAUACUUUCGACAGUAGGUCCAUCGUAUUUACAGUGCGUGACCGAUCUCAUGAAAUGUUGACCAAAAUUCUGGAAUGCGUUUCUGAUCAGGAAGGAUUACUUAGGUGGGGUUCUUAUACUGAUUAUCAUGCAGCAUAACCCUAUAACAUUUCGGACUCGCCAGGAUGACGGCUUUUGAAUGCAUUUCUUUUUGACUUCCUGCAGAAAUCGCACUCGGUAAAAAAUGACUGCUUAUGUGGCAUGCAUUUUUCCUAUUGAUUUUCGAUGGUCUUAUAAAUUCAAAAAUAUUUUACAGAGAGCAUACACAAAAAUAUGCAUUCUUUUGCUCAUUUGGUAGGAAAUCACAUUGUCUUUAUAUUUUAUGCCCGAAGAAAGUGUAUAUUUUGGUUUUAAAAAAGUUUCCCAAUUCCCGAAUAAUUUUCAGCCUGAUCUGCCAUUGCAUCAGUGGUUAGCAAUUUCAGUCUACAAGGUGCAUGCUUUCCGCGUAAGGAAAAUCAUAUAUUCCUUUUUGCCUUUAAGAAGAUACCACACAGAUUUCAUGAAAUUUCGCAAUGGAUUCGGACUGUGUUGUACAUUUCAUGAGGAGCAUUAGUAAACGGACAUGUGUGGUCCUGCAUGCACGGACAUCGCACGGUCUUAAAAUCCCAUAAUUAGAAACUUUUUUAAAACCAAAAUAUACACUUUAUUCCGGCAUAAAAUAUGAACACAAUGUGAUUUCCUUCCAAAUGAGCAAAAGAAAGCAUAUUUUUGUGCUUGUCUUCUGUAAAAUAUAUUUAAAUUUAUAAGACCAUCGACAAUCAAUGUGAACAAUGCAUGCUACUUAAGUAGUCAUUUUUCACCGAGUAUAGUUUCUGCUGGAGGUUAAAAAGAAGUGCAUUCAAAAGCCGACAUCGUGGCGAGUCCGAAAUGUUAUAGGGUUAUGCUGCAUGAUAAUCAAUAUAAGAACCCCACCUAAGUAAUCCUUCCUAAUCAGAAACGCAUUCCAGAAUUUUGGUCAACAUUUCAUGAGAUCGGUCACGCACUGUAUUUCCCUGGACUCCAACAAGCGUUGGUUAGCUACUUCAAGGAUGAUGCAUUUGGAAGUAUGCCCGCGUUACUUACAUAUUUACUCGAUAACAGCCUGCUCCAUAAUGCCUCAGAAAAAGAAAACUUUGAUUAUAAUAAUGUGUGGUUAUGCGGAAAAGGUUCGAUACUUGAAGGGUUUACAGUUCAGUAGGGAAUGCAAAGUUUAGAAAUGUGCGCGUCAGCACGGGUGACAUUAUUGCUGGCAUCGUUCUCACAGGAAUUGUGAACAGCAUUCAACGAUGACGUUGUAAUGGUACUAGGUGCUGCCGCAUUUAGGGGGCACAGUGCGGUCCGAAGGGGGAGGGAUUAUAUUUCACUCUGGCCGCGAUUUUCACCAAAUAGGGCUGGUAGAGGUACCGCAAUGCUUUCGGUCAAGAGAGGACUCAACUUCCGAUUACCUUCCUAGCUUGUCCUCAGUGUUACGGUCCUAACUUACUGCAAUUUCUACUUAAAGACACACUUAAAGACCACAGUCAACAAGGUGUGAGUUUCAUUAAGACGGGCCUGCUAAAAGAGUAGCUUUUGGCAUAUUUGCCUCUAUCAACUAGUAGACGCAUCGAACUCAUCAUCUACGCUCCCCAGGUUUGAACCAAGUCGGCCAAUCAUCAAGCAACGCUCUUACCCCUGAUCUACGGGCGCGCGUCAUGGCAUUCUGGCGUGUAGCUGUGGGCUUUCACGUGUACUGUAUACACCCUUUGUACAACAGCGCGUACACGUGCUGCUUGCUUAUGCGAUCUAACUGUACGAAAAAUGGUUCGCAAGACGUCGGUACCGCCUGACCUAAAAGCACCCAACUCCUCCGGAAGUUAGACAGGAAAGGUGGAGGGAUAGGGAGCCGCUUUGGUCGCUAUUCUGCGUGCAGGAUGCAUGCCUUUGUGAUACCCGAUUUCGUGUCCACCUGCGCGACUUGAGUGACCCACUCACAACUUUAGUGUACAUUUUCUUCAAGCUCUUAUGGGAACAUGAGGCGGUUGAGGAAGCCAUUCUCCAGACUCCCCGACGUCUCACUCUACGCAUCCGUAAGCGACCCUCCCAUUGUACGGACUUUAUUGGCAGCGGUCGUCGCACUCGUGGCCUCUCAAAUCAACAGCAUAAUCACCGUUACCAACAGCAACACGGACAACAGCAGAAUUCACAUCAGGAGCGACAACAGCACCGGCUUCGACCGCUGGCAAGGUCACCGCCGAGUGCAGGGACUCACCAACAGGCCAGGCGUUCCCACUUGCUGCUGGGCCGCGUGCCCAAGCGUCGUGCUCAGCCUACGACCGAGCCCAAUACCUUGGACGGCGAAUCCCAACCCACCACCGCAGACGCCAAAGGCGAUACGCCCCCAUCGUCGUUGCCCUCCACGAUGUGCAACAACGGCGGAACUGGCAGUCAAGUGCACUGCCGACCUCGAGGCGAACGCUUCUUUCAGUCACUUCAUUCACCAUCCGCAAUUGCUGAGGCAAACGAGGACCAAUUGCCCAACGAAACCGAUUCCAGGUACUCAGACGGUUGAGUCGGCGCACGAGUUUUGUAUGGAUUUUGGUGGAUUUCAUUCGUCUGUUACUAUUUUCACUGGAAUUCAAAUGUAAAUGGUAUAUAUGUAUUGACGUAAACGAGCAUACAAAUUUUGAAUAUGUUAAAUUGAUUGUUUACUAACACUUUAUAAGUAGCCUUUUAUGAGGCGUUGGUUCACAUCUUGCCGUGACAGUUUGCCUCCCUGUCGAUAAACCAUAAGUGACUGAGAUAUAGGCCUCUUUCCCACCAUAUAGUGCGCGUUUCCCCAUUCACGUGUAACAAAUUGCAUUAGGGAACCUUCGGAACAACCAGUCACCGGCGAAACUUCCAACUCAACUCCCAGAACUACAAGCGGAGACCUCAGUAGCUGGUGGAGUGCUUUCGAAUCCACAGCCAAUGUACAUACAUCUCUACUCCUACCGGAUCAGCCAUCACCUUGUCAAUCGUCAGAUCCGGAUGGUAAGUAUAUCCACCUCAGUAACUUUUGUUUAACUUUCAAAAAGUAUUUGUGCUCCGUCCAUGUUUUAGAGCAAAUGAGAACGGUUAUUGCACUAACCGAGGAGUUUACAUAUCAAACAGACGUUAUCAGUUACCCUAUCAAAACACUGUUCCAGUACAGCAGUUUUCCUCGCGAUGUUCCGACUUCUAACGUUCGACUUCGCUAUCAUAAAACUGUUCUUUAACUGGGAACCGGAUUUUAGAAGCCUAGUACAAGUCAACUUCACUUCACCGACACUAAACACACUACCGACCCUAACGUAUCCGUCCCGUCCACCAUCUUCGGGAAUCUUCUUCAAACCGUUUGCGCGAAAGCCAAGCGACUAGGAAGACUGAGGGUUACAGUCGCCCGAUGAAGUUGGCAUGCCAACGUGCUGGAGUCGAUUUAUGUUUUAGUGCCGCAUCCACUCGCCUACUUAGCCUAGCUUGAACACCCUAAUCUGCCAUCUAAUCCGUUGCCUCAGAGGUGUGCUGGCUGCAGGUGACUUUCCAGACAGCAGCAUCGUUUUCCCCCUUUACCGUUAAGUUCUUCUGCAAAAAUUAAGUCAGGUCCUACCGCAAUGCGGCUGAACACACUUUUGCGUAUUUUCAUUUAUAUGCAUUCCUUAUUUUCUUCUACUUUCGUCAUCCUUUUCCUCUUUGUUUCAAAGAAUGCCAGGUAUUCAAGCAGUUUGAAUUUGCACACAAAAUCGGUGUCAACGAGGCUUCAUCAUUCUCGUGGUAUAGACAUUCGCCGUUACCACCACCACCACCACCACCACCACCACCACCACCACCACCACCACCACCACCACCACCGGCACCACCACCACCGGCACCACCACCACCGGCACCACCGGUACCACCACCACCACCACCACCACGACCAGUUUGGUAAAUAACCGGCGUUUAAUUAUCUCAAGUUCCUUUCAGCAAGCAAGAUCGUAUCAUGUUUUGUUGAAUUCAUCAUUUUCAAGUACAAAACAUGUAUUUUAUCCUUGCUUUCUCAGCUUCAGUUUCGUCUCAACAAUCGACGGACAAGAGGAAGACUCGUCGUCGUCCUGCCACGUUGGUGAGUCGGGUAGUCUUAACUGCGUCGGCAUUUUCUGCGUCCUACAAACUUUUGUUUGUCACCUUUGCUUUUGUCGUUACGUUCUAAGCAGUGGUUUGUUCGAGUACAUAAACCGAAGUUUCAUUCUGAAGAAGAUCUUCACCUGUCUAUAGAUUUCAAAUUAGCAGUCCGGAUCUCUUAACCUUGACAUUCUAAUCUCAAUUUGGCCUGACACAUAUUCUUCCUCUUGCUUCCAUGAUAAAACUUCGCUCUCUCUUUUUCCCGUUUUUCAGGGUUCCCUUGAUGAUUUCACUCAACAGGAAGCCUUCAAUUGGAAAAAUGCAAGUAAGCCACUUCGAAUAACCAGCGACGUCUCCCUCGUUUCCAGCUCUGACCUACUAGACCUCAUCUUACCGACUCGCAUUAAGUCCAACCCUUCGGUGAAAGAUCUUGACUUGAAUUGCCUUUGCCCUCACGACUGGGUCAUUUGUUCCGGUCCUGGUGCUUGGCGCCAGCAUCUCUGUCAAAUAUUUCAGUUGACUCUGAAAUAGGACUCCCUGUAGCUCCGUUCUCCCACAAUAACUUCCGAAAAUUGUUUCAGCAGGUUUUACACCGGAGGGCUAGAUGCCGUGCCAGCCUCCAAAUCUUUCGUGUUGGUUGAAAUCCUGGUUAUUUGUCGUGUGGACCAGGGGGUGUGGUGGAACGCCAAGGUGAGGAUCCGUCCGAGCCAUCCACCUGCGGCCUCUCUCGUCUCCGGUCUUCUUGACUCUGUCUUGACACCGGGCUCGGGCGAGGGAGGAGGAGAGAGUGUAGGUAGAUGCUACGCAAGUCUACCGGCACUAUAAACCCCUGCGUAAGUCACCAUCCCUGUUCCCAUUGCUGCUGCAACAGUGGGGCACACGGUGGACAUCAUCGAAACCGAUGGUCGAACUGUCACUGUCAGAUGCCCGACUUGUCCACGAGAAUUGCAGCCAUGGACAGCUCGUUUCCUCAUAACAGUAGAAGGGGGUAAUGGUGGCAAGACGGCCGGUUUAAUGACAGUUAUCGUCAGGCCAAAAUGCCUAUCUUCGGGAUUUUACUAGUUAGUCGGCAUGCCAGAUCCAAUACAGGACUCCCCCCCAGCUGAAAGCUGUUCUACAAUCCGCUGCCUUUGAAUGUGCCGGCUCACCCAUAGCUAGACUGACCGAGGGGCUCAUUUUUCUCGAUUUUUAGUCUUCUGAAAUCUGUACAUCUUGCAGACUUCAAAAUAUCACGAAACGCAAUAGUUCGCUUGCCGUGAUAAAAAUUCUUAUCCACGGAAACCUGGGGCUCCUGGAAGCACGAUCUGCAAGACCGCGUUCUGGAUUCGAGUAGUUGAGUGCUUUGCCAAAAGAAGCGGAGAUGCCAGUCUAAGGAAGCAGUCGUGAAGAAGGAGACACGAUCGCUGGGACAAGGGAUUUACUCGCCCGACGUUUCAGUUUCCUGCUCGAAGCCAUCAUCAGAGAGCAACAGAUGCGGGUUAUUCGUUAUGACGGUCGCCUGGUCCGCGAGCUGCACGCUUCACGGUCAUCUGGCCCCCUUGUCUCUCAACAGGUGCAAUGACCCUCCUCCUCCUUAGCCUAUUCAGAGUAAUUAGCCACGCAGGGAGCGCACAGGUGAACCCGGCUCCCAACACUAGGGUUGGUGGGUCAGAUGGUCGAGCAAUCAUCACACCAAGAUCCAACGCACGUGAUGAAAUUGCAGCAAUUAACGACGCGAAUGCCGGCCGUAGAACAGUCAUCACACCAAGUGAAACAAUCCCCGAUGAAUGGGUGUAUCCGUGAAUUUUCAUAGGUAUGCGGUCGCAUUGCUACUGCAUCCUAUAAAUACUGCUGCCCCUUGUGUAUGAACUACCAGUACCUGCUAUUGUUUCUGAUGAUGGGCUCAAGCAGGAAUCCGGAACGUCGGGCGAAUAAAGCUCGUGCUCCAGCUAUCGCGUCUCCCUCUUCACAGUGGAGUACUUUAUCAACAUCCAUAUUUCAUGAGAACGCGGUCCACCCUAAUCAGGUCAGUUUUGCGGUGAUAGGAGGCGGAGGGCAUCUACGCACGGAUUGAGACCUAUGUAGUGAUGUCCAGUGGUUGAACAACUGCUGUUGUUAACGCUGAACAGAAGUCAGCCACUGUGCGAUUAUAGGAUGUGGCUGAAAGCCAGGCAGAUGGUACAGGUAGACGACGAAGUUAGUUAAGUGGUAGUUGGGAAUUGCUCGUCUGCAUUUCGAGUUUUCAACCCUAACAACGAACGCUCCAUCGUUACUUAUUUUGCCAGUCUGUUGGUCGCUGUCAAUUGCGCGAACGUCGAGGCAGCAUGUUUAACCUCACCGAUGUUGAAUAGCUCUGCGGUGAUCGCAGUCGGAGACGGAUAUGUUAUCCCCCUUCCCGAACUGUGGCACAGGGCCAUGGGAAUGUUUGCAGUAGGAAUCUUUGGGAAGGGAAACAUGGCGUUCUUAGAUAUGUAUAAAAGUAGAAAAUCGUUAUUGCACUGCAUGCCUAUUUUACUGUUCUAAAAAGGCACUUUCUGGAAGGGAUAGUUCAAACAGGGGUUACACAUCCUACCGCGGCCGUAUCAGGUGAAGAGUAUUUGGGCGUUUUUGGUGUACCCGCAUAUCUAUCCGGCUGGGGAGCCACUUACGUGGGUCCCAACCUGCCCUGCGUCCCCCGUUGAAGGUCUUCUCUAUCCUGCUAUUCUUUGCCCAGCUGUCAAAUCAUGUUCCCUUCUUUCCACAGCCCAAAGGAUCUCCUGCAAAGCCCUGGGUCUGGGUGACUGUCAGGGCUGGCUGUGGCUCAAAAAACGCAGCUCGUUUGCCAACAAAUAUGUCAAGCGCUGGUGUGUCUUUAAGCACAACACCCUCUACUACUAUCGCCAUCCGGAUGUAAGUAGCCCUUCUAUUAAAAUGUUUUCGUCUCCCGACCAACGGUUCCCACGUAGUCUUCCUCACAGAAUCUCUUCUCCUAGGACGACUAUGCGGAGGGCCUCAUCAUUCUGAACGGAGUCACCAUCUCACCCACGUCCGACGCGCGCUCCGGCCGCUAGUAUGUACCCGACCGCUUUUUCGUGUUUAAACUGUAAAUUUCAUGCGAAAACUUCCCGUCGCUUCUAAUCACCAACGUCCCGCAUAAUUAGCAGUUUUCGAAACCUUUUAUGGACUGCUCCUACAUGCAAUAAACAAACUAAGUUUCGCAGGACAUUUGGAGUACGAGAGGGAAGGGUAUCCUUUUCAGUGCUUAUGAAAGUUGUUUGCAGACGACCCCUUGAGUCACCUCCUCGCAAUCACAUCCCAAGCUUAUGUACACCUCUUGAAGGCUAUGACCGUAUGACAGGCCUUCACUUCGCCUUACAUGCUGUUCUGAUGCUUUAGACCUAAACGGGUGCCAUACCCACAUGUGGAUCACAAGGGACGAAUAUUUUACUCGCCGUCAGCCACGGCGUCUAAUGUCAUCUCCAGUCGGCUGUACUCAGACUUACUGCCGGUGCUACUUAAAAGAGAGGCUAAAUAUAUAUAAUGUUAGGGGACGCUCACCGAUCGUUCAUACGGAACACACUCGUUCCGUUGUGCCUUAAGGGCUCUCUCUCGAGCCCAACCAGCAGCUGCACAGCGGCGCAUGAUAUAUAGGCAGAAUGAUAUCACCGACAAAGACAAGGGAGACUGGAAUGGCCAUUUCUGGCUUGUUAGCCGUCGUCAGCCAGCCAUACCCAAGCCCGAAGUGUGGAACACCCGAGCCUCGAACUCGCGACCUGUUGGUUUAGAAGUCAACGCCUCUACUCACCGGGCCAUGAGCCCGUUGCCCUGUCGGUUUUCGAUCGGGAAUAUACAAUGUUAGGGGGCGCUCACCGAUCGUUCAUACGUUCAUAGUUUACAGAAGAUCAAGUGGUUGGGCACGGAACUAUGCCCCCCCCCCUAUUACCGGUUGCCUUAGAAUAAAUUCCAGUUGGGGUGGGUGGGAGGGGGGGGUUUAGAGCUGUGACUAGAAUUAGUUUUAUGAAGCUUCGCGUUGGGGCUAAAUUUAGGACACCGGAAAAUGAACUACACUGGAAUUUAGCGCAAGGCCACAUGUGAAACUGGUGGGGGGGCAGGUGUCCAUAUACCCGUGUCCGGUCGGAUCUCAUUUCGUAGCCGCGUACCUGCAGUAGACAAGUCCCAACCUAACCCUUACCUUAACCACUAAUAAAUACGGCUACUAAAUAAGAUCAUGCCCCGUGUUCGACGAGUUAGGUUUUUUAGAUAGGGCAGCAGUUCACUCCAUGAUUUUCGGAGACUAGCUGUUCCGCUUGUCGUAAGGCGCGCACCACACUCUCAGCUAAAACAACAUUCCGCUGUUGAUAAGUGGCUUUGCUAAUGUGGGACCGGCGAAUCUUUUGUCCCAGUUGGGUUUGACCUUCCACUUAUUUCUUGAACGUCUUGUGCGCAACAUCCCAACCGCUUUACCUAUUGACGCACACCCAUUCUCUUCACCUUUGCAGCGCGUUCCGUAUUUACAAUGACUGGGCGAAUUUCGUCUUCGCCGCGAACUCAGAACAAAGUCGAACUAAAUGGAUGAAUAUGCUGGGUCUUGCUGCUAUUGGACUCUCAGCGUCUGUGCGGACCGCCCGAAUCGGUGGCUUUCACCCAGGCUAUCUAGUGCGUUCUGCCACGGCGUCGCCGCUGCCCAAUCGACGAAACACUGCACUAUCCGACAGUUCAGUUCUUCCACCAUCGCCUUCACCGCGCCUUCUCGAUCUUCCCAGGCCGCAAACAGCGGGUGCCGUCGUGAAGCAGACGCCGAACGAGGUGUGUACUUUUGGCCAGAGUCCUCCUCCUCCUCCUCCUCCUCCUCUUCCUCCUCCACCUUCCACGACAGCCUCUAUUUUGCCUUUUCGCAUCAAGUAAAGUUCCUUCAAAUCACUCAUAAGAGAAUGAGGGUGCUCAUUAUCACGCGGCCUUAGUCUGCUGUCAUGCACGGUUGAAUAUAACCGAUUACGGGGAGCUGAAAUCGACAAGCUCCCCCCCUGGAUAUUUUUGCCUGUAGACUACCAUAGUUAUUGCUCUAGAUUUUUUUGCCAACUGUCUUAAAGAACACGCUGAAUCAUUAUUCAAUGCGAUAGGUUUUUUCUUGAAUCAUCAUAUAGCCAUAAGGGUAUGCUCUGAUUUUGAUUUUAAUGAACUAACAACUUGAAGCUGGACUUCCCUAGCUCAGGAGGUUCGCCUGUGAUGAGUCUGACGACCAGUUCAUACAGCCUGGUUUGAUCUGGACUUUUAUUAUCCAAGCUCAAUUUGCUUGUAGCAGGUCGAUCAGACUGUCAUUAAACAACUUCUUCCAGCCGUACGUUUUCGGACUUUUGAUUUACCAACCAGUGAUGGUUGGCUGUUUCCACUCGGUUUGAGUUCUGUGUACAGUAUCUUUACGAAAUACUCCUUCCUGUUGGAUUUUAUUAGACUGCUUCUUCGACUUAAUACGCCUUUUAGCAGUACGUAUCCGGUGUGGGCGUUGCUCGUCGUUCUACUUCGGGUCUCUCCGUGCCGCCUACAGACAAUUCCGGCGCUCACCUGUCGGCUAGCGCCACCUGCCUGGUAGACCGCAAGAGCCUUACCAGUCUGGGCAACUCCUCUGACCCCUCGGAGGGGGAAGAGGAAACUGAGGGCGGGCUGAGUGCGACGGUGGAAGAGGAGGAGGAGGAGGAGGAGGGAGAGGAAGAGGAAGAAGACGGGACCUCAUCUGAACUUGCACGGAUCGGUGAGGAGGACGGCCUCUCGCCGAUGGCUACCACCCAGGGAAGCAGUGACGCCGAAGGCGAAGACGCCUUCACGUUCCCUGCCACAACGGAAGACGAUCGAGUCCACUUACCUUUCCGCUUCACCCGUCGUGCCGCCAUGAUCCGUCGCCAGGGCAGGCGUCGUCGUCUCACCGACGGUUCAAUCAGCCCCAGUGUCUACCUUACUCCAGCGCCUUAUGAAUGGACGACUGCCUCUACGGAGGUGCUGCAGAGUCUCUCUGGUGGUCCUGAUGGCGGCGGUGAUGAUGAUGACGAGGUGGACGGGGGUGUUGGAGUCGCUGCAACCAGUAUCUUUGCUCCACCUACCCAUCGCCAUUCCACCCCUGACGGCGUCCUCAUCACUGCUCCGCCGACGAUCAACUCUGCUGGACACUAUUCUGCCUCUCUGGAAGGUCCCCUGCUGGCAGCUAGUACAACCGACUCGGAUGCAAGUGUCUCCAAGUCCUCAGCACGGGCCUCCUCGAGUUAA